AUGAAGCUUCAAGUAAACCUGAACAUGAUGCCUCGCGCUUCGCUUCUAUUUGAGUUCUUGUACUGCAUCAAUCACCUUGCUUGGUUGGGUGCCGUCGAUGUCCACAAUUGGUCAUCCAUAUUUAACAACAACCCGUCGAAGAACUGGGUUGUCCUCGUUGCUGGUACCAACACCUGGCGAAAUUAUCGCCAUCAAGCUGACGUUUACCACGCGUAUCAAGUCGUGCGUAAAAACAACGUCCCCGCUGAGAAUAUAAUAACCUUCGCCUACGACGAUAUUGCAAACAAUCCCAAAAAUCCGUUUAAAGGUAAAGUGUUCCAUGACUACAUGCACGAAGAUAUCUACCAGGGUGUGGAAAUUGACUAUCGUGGAAAACUGCAUGCCGUGGAGUUGAACGAGAUCCUCGCCCACAUGCAUUCAAAAAAAAAGUACAACAAAUUGGUGCUGUACGUGGAGGCUUGCUAUUCUGGUUCUUUGUUUCGAAAUAUGCUUCCUCCAAAUGUGGGAAUUUAUGUGACAACAGCAUCCAAGGAAGAUGAAAAAUCCUGGUCUAUUUUUUGUGACGACAAGGAUUUCGAUAUGUGUCUAGCGGGCGAAUAUGCGUACGCCUGGAUCAAAGAUUCGGAAUACCAUGACUUGAAAACGCGUACACUGCAACAACAGUACGAAGAAGUAAGAAAAAGGACAGCGAAUAGUCACGUGAUGCAAUACGGUGAGAUGGGAAUAGGAAGUCUUCCAGUUGGAAAAUUCCAAGGUCAUUAUGAUCUACCCAUACACCGGUAUGACGGGACAAUACCACUGAGUGCUGCGGAUAGACAAUCCUCUUUGCAAGCGCAUUUGUUUUCAAAGUCUAGACGCUUAAUGGAGGCUACAACGGAGCAAGAACACGAAGCCGCUUGGCGUAAGCUGCACCGUGCAAGUCAGCUUGGCCGCAUCGUCAAGGAAACGUUUCGCGACAUCGUCGGUGAAGUGAUGACCCACCAUAAGCCAACUCUGAAGGGCUUGUCAAAAAGGGAUAAACUCAUGUGUUUUCAGGCAGUAUUCGACCAACUCCGAACGCACUGCUUCACAAUUCAGCAGGUCCCCGAGGUAGCCCAGCACACAACUCAUUUAAUAGCGCUAUGCAAAGCAGGAUACAUGGCUGAAACCCUCAUUGACUCUGUCUACAACAUCUGUUCCUAA